AUGAAUUCCUUGGCACACGGAGUGGUGAUCCCUGCUAACCAUGCCGCUUUCGCCAAAUGCGCAGUGACGGGCAGCCUUCGACAUUUGUUUUCGCGCAAGGAGCGGGCGAAGCGAAAAGAGCCUCAGCAGCAGCUGGACCCUGGGCCGGUGCCGAUCCCCCAGCCCUACAAGAACUACUAUCACGCAUCCAACGGGCCUCGCUCGGCGUACCCGCAUACGCGCACGUUAUCCUCGUUCGCUCCCGAUCCCAGCCGCCAGACAGUCUACCCAUACCCAUAUCAAUCUCGAGCUUCUACCGAACACCCCCCGCCGUACCUCCCAACAUAUGACCCGUCCAAAUUAUCUCCCAUCCGGCCGUGCUUGACCCCCCAGACAGACCGCUUCUCGCACCCAUUCACCGCAAUAGGCAGCCAGCCAUCGUCGCAUCUGAGUGCCAUGCAAUAUCCAGAUCCGCGGCAUUUGUCACUUCAUCAGCAACCGCCGCCAGUACAGCCAGAUCCACAUGCACCACCGUACAUGAUGAUGAUGAUGCGGCCACCGGCCUACGAUUGGAGACACACACCAAUGCCAUUUCCGCCCGGUGUGAUGACGGACCAGUAUCCCUCAAGUCUGACCGAUGGGCGAGAAAGAAGUAUUUCGGAUCCAAUGCCUCCCCGUCCCGCCCCAGAGCCGGACCGACAGGGUAGCCGCCGGCCCAAACCUGUUCUGUCCCGUUUGGUAACCAACUUCAAUUAG